CGCGCACACACUCACACACACACACACAGGGGUCGGAGACUGGAGAGUAGAGACCUGGGACAGGACGCAGUGAAAGCCAAGGAACUUACGACCGAGCCUACUCCUCGUCUCACCGGCAGGACAUCUUGAACCAACGCGCAACCGAACCUCAGUGUGUGGGACAUUGUGGCUCCUGCAGAGAUGAUUCCCCGGGCGCUGGUCCUGCUGUGCCUCGGGACGGUGGUCCGCUCCCAGUCCGUCUCCAAGUCCGUCUCCCAAGAGGGCUGCAUGGAGGACGGCGUGAUGUACCAGGUGGACGAGCAGUGGGAGCGGCGGUUCCGGGACAGCACCCUGCUGUGUACCUGCCACGGCACGGCCGGCAUCAAGUGCAACAGCAAGCCUGAAGAGGAGGAGACGUGCUAUGACAAGAUCAAUGAGAGGACCUACAUGGUGGGGGAGACCUACGAGCGGCCCAAGGAGGGCAUGAUCUGGGACUGCACCUGCAUCGGCUCGGGCAGGGGCAAGAUCAGCUGCACCAUCGCAAAUCGGUGUCAUGAGGGCGGCGCCUCCUACAAGAUCGGGGACACCUGGAGGAGACCCCAUGAGACGGGGGGCUUCAUGCUGGAGUGUGUGUGUCUGGGCAACGGCAAGGGGGAAUGGACCUGCAAACCCAUCGCUGAGCGUUGCUACGACAACAGCGCGGAGCUGUCCUAUGUGGUGGGGGAGACGUGGGAGAAGGCAUACCAGGGCUGGAUGAUGGUUGACUGCACCUGUCUGGGGGAAGGCAGUGGGAGGAUCACCUGCACCUCUAGGAACCGCUGCAACGACCAGGACACCUACACGUCGUACCGCAUCGGAGACACCUGGACCAAGACGGACAGCCACGGCAGCGUGCUGCAGUGCCUGUGCACGGGCAACGGCCGUGGGGAGUGGAAGUGCGAGAGGCACGCCUCCCUGCACACCUCUGGGCUGGGGUCUGGCUCCCGGGUGGUCACCAACAUUCAGCCGGCAGCCCAUCGUGAAGGUGUGGUGGACUUCCCCCCCGAGGUGACCUGUUCCACGGAGUCGGGGCUGAACUACGUCCAGGGCCAGAGCUGGCUGAGGAACCAGGGCGACAAGGAGAUGCUGUGUAACUGUGUGGGCAACGGCAUCAGCUGUCAGGAGUGGGAGGGCCCCGCUCCAGUGUAUGGGGGUAACUCCGGGGGCCAGCCCUGCGUGUUCCCCUUUGUCUACAAGGGGAAGACUUUCCACUCAUGCAUCUCGGAGGGCCGUGAGGACGGGCAGCUGUGGUGCUCCACCUCCUCUGACUACGACGCCGAGGAAAAGUACUCCUUCUGUACCGAGAAGAACGUGAUGGUGGCCACGCGGGGCGGGAACUCCAACGGGGCGCUGUGCCAGUUUCCCUUCCACUACCUCAACAAGAACUACACCGACUGCACCUCGGACGGCCGCCGCGACGGCAUGAAGUGGUGCGGCACCACCACCAACUACGACGAGGAACGCCGCUUCGGCUUCUGUCCCAUGGCUGCCCAUGAGGAGGUGUGCACCACCAACGAGGGGGUGAUGUACCGCGUCGGCGACCAGUGGGACAAGCGCCACGACGUGCUGGGUCACAUGAUGCGCUGCACCUGCGUGGGCAAUGGACGAGGAGAGUGGAGCUGCGUGGCCUACUCCCAGCUCAAAGACCAGUGCAUCGUGGAUGGCCUGACCUACGAGGUGAACCAGACCUUCACAAAGGAGCACGAGGAGGGCUACAUGAUGAACUGCACCUGCUACGGACAAGGACGCGGCCGCUGGAAGUGCGACGCCAUCGACCAGUGCCAGGAGCCCGAGACCAGAGCCUUCUUUCAGAUCGGAGAGUCCUGGGACAAGACCAUCCAUGGAGUGAUGUACAAGUGCUACUGCCACGGCCGCGGCAUCGGGGAGCUCAGCUGUGAGCCCCAGCAGACCUUUCCUGGUGGACAGCGGCCUGUCCAGGUGAUAAUUACGGAGAGUGGAAACCAGCCCGACUCCCACCCCAUCCAGUGGAACGCCCCCUCCUCGGCCCACAUCACCCAGUACAUCCUCAAGUGGAGACAGAAGGACACAGCCAACCCCUGGAGAGAGGUGCUGAUCCCGGGACACCUCAACACCUACACCAUCUCGGCCCUGAAGCCCGGCAUCACAUACGAGGGUCAGCUGAUCAGUGUCCUCCGCUUUGGCCGCCGCGAGAUCACACGCUUCGACUUCACCACCAACUACGGCUCAUUGGCCACAUCGGAGGGCGACACCGUGCAGCCCCCCCCAGAGGUGGACACCUCUGAGUCGGUAACGGAGAUCACCUCCAGCAGCUUUGUCAUCUCCUGGGUGUCGGCCUCGGACACAGUCUCUGGCUUCAGGGUGGAGUACGAGCUGACGGAGGAGGGCCAGACAACGGGACAGACCAGCGUCCUGGAGCUCCCUCGCACCACCACCUCGGUGAACAUCAAUGACCUGCUGCCCGGCAGGAAGUACAGGGUUAACGUCUACGAGGUGACAGACACUGGAUACGACAACCUCAUCCUCACUACCUCCCAGACCACCGCUCCUGACGCUCCGGUCGACCACGAGGUGGAGGAGGUGCAGGAGACGUCCAUCGUCAUCACCUGGGACAAGCCUCUCGCUCCAAUCACAGGCUACCGCGUGGUUUACACACCGUCGGAGGAGGGGGAGGGGGACAGCACAGAGCUCGUCCUCCCCAACACGGCCACAGCGGUGACCCUGAGCGACCUCAGACCCGGGCUGCAGUACAACAUCAGCAUAUACGCCGUGGAGGACACCCUGGAGAGCCAGCCCAUCUUUGUGCAGGUCAACACCGCCGGAGACCCCCUACCAGUGGAGGAGGUGGCCACGCCCACAGAGCUCCAGUUCGUCGAGGUGUCCGCCAAUCAGAUCGUUCUGACCUGGUCCGGCCCCCUCGGCGCCGUCUCGGAGUACCGGAUCAACGUGGCCCCUGUGGACGAGCCCGGGAAACCCCAGAGAGAGCUGACGGUCCCUGCCAUCCAGAGCGCCUACGUGGUCAAAGAGCUGCACCCCGGCACCGUGUACCGCUUCAGCAUCUACGCCCUGUUCAACGGGCGGGAGAGCGCACCCCUGGUCAGGGAGCAGGCUACAAAGCCCGACGCUCCGUCUCAGGUCCACUUCAUGAACGUGACGGACGCCAGCGUCAUCGUGUCGUGGUUCGCGCCCCUGGCCCGCAUCACGGGCUACCGCCUGGUGCUGGCCGGGGACGGCUCCGCCCCCAAGCAGCUGCGGCUGCCGGCCCGCCUCACCCAGUACACGCUGCUCAACCUGCGGCCCGAGACGGGCUACACGGUCACGCUGCACGCUGAGCAGGACAGCGCGCUCAGCGAGGGCCACACGGCCCACUUCACCACGGAGUCCGCCAUGGGCAGCGCACCCCACUUCAGCACAGAGGUCACUAGCACCUCCAUCAUCAUCAGCUGGUCUCCUGUCCCCCACGUGGGCUACAAGCUCACGGUGCGCCCCAGCCAGGGCGGGGAGGCCCCCCGGGAUGUGACCUCUGAAUCCGGCAGUAUCUUCAUCAAGGGGCUGACCCCGGGGGUGGAGUACACCUACGACAUCAAGCCUGUGGUCAACGGUCGCGAGCAGGGCGCCACCGUCACCAAGCACGUGGUCACACCUCUCUCCCCUCCCGCCGACCUGACCCUGAAGAUGAACCCGGAGACGGGCGGGGUCCUCGUAGAGUGGGAUGGAACCAACACACCCGACAUCACUGGAUACCGAGUGACGUGCACACCGGCCAAUGGCAUGCAAGGGAACAGCAUGGAGGAGUUUGUGGAGGCGGGGGAGACCUCGUGCACGCUGGACAACCUGAUCCCAGGUGUGUCGUACAACAUCAGCGUGGUGACGGUGAAGGAUGAUGCCGAGAGCACCCCCCUGUCCACCAUCAUCACCCCUGAGGUCCCUCAGCUGACAGACCUGAGCUAUGAGAACGUGACGGAUACCACCAUCGGCCUGCGCUGGAUGCCCUUCAACUUCACCGUUGUCACGGGUUACCGCAUCACGGUGACGGCGGCGGGUGAGAGUGUGCCCAUCUUCGAGGACUUUGUGCUGCCGUCAUCGGGCUACUACACCGUGAAAGGCCUGGAGCCCGGCAUCGGCUAUGACAUCAGCGUCACCACGGUGACGGAGAGCGGCGUGAGCAAGCCCAUCACCAUCACACAGCAGACCGUGUUGCCAGCCCCUACUGGUCUUGGCUUCGGGGAGGUGGGUCCAGACUCCCUGGAGGUCACCUGGGACGGCCCUCAGGUCCUCAACGCCGCUGACAUCAACAUGUACAUCAUCAGGUAUCGUCCCGUGGUUAUGUCUUUUGCUGAUGAAUCCAAAGAAGUUACCGUUGGAGGGUUGACAGAACGCACAGUCCUGCAGAACUUGGUGCCUGACACGGAGUACCUGGUGAGCGUGGUGUAUGUGUACGACCAGAGAGAGAGCUCCCCAGCCACCGCCACUCAGAAAACAGCCAUGGACGCCCCCUCAGGCCUGGAGUUCGCUGACGUCCUGACCAACUCCUUCGCCGUCCACUGGGUGGCGCCUCGCGGGCCCAUCAGCGGCUACCGCAUCCGCUACCAGAUGGCCAGCGGCGGGCGGGCCAAGGAGGAGCGCCUGCCCCCCUCCAGGACCCACUUCACUCUGACCGGCCUGCACCCCGAGACCGAGUACCUGGUCCACAUCUACGCCGUCAGCGGCCGCAAGGAGAGCCCCCCGCUCUCCGGCCGGCAGAAGACCAUCUCUGACGCACCCACAGACCUGAAUGUGGUGGAGACGUCCCCCACCAGCAUCACUCUCCGCUGGGACGCCCCGGCUGUUACGGUCCGCUACUACCGGAUCACCCAUGGAGAGACCGGUGGGCGAGGUAACAUCAAAGAGUUCACGGUGCCGGGGACCCAGUCCACGGCCCAGGUGACCAACCUGAAGCCGGCCACCGAAUACACCAUCACCGUGUACGCUGUGACCGCCCGGGGGGACAGCCCCGCCUCCAGCACCCCCAUCUACAUCACACACCGCACCGACGGCAACUAUGUGGACUCCCCGUCUGAGAUGGAGGUGAUGGAUGUGAAGGACAGCAGCAUCACGGUGCGGUGGAGCCCGGCCCAGGGCCCCAUCAUGGGCUACAGGGUCACCGGGACCCCCAAGAGCGGCAUUGGACCCAUCUUCUCCGAGGUGGUGGCUCCAGACCAGAGAGAGAUCACCUUCUCCGGGAUGAUGCCCACCCAGGAGUACGUCCUCAGCGUGUUCGCCCUUGGCCAGGACGGAGAGAGCUCCCCUGUUGUGGAGUCCGCCAGGACAAAUGUGGACAGCCCCAAGGACCUGGCCUUCUCGGACGUGGCCUCCGGCUCUCUGCAUAUCAGCUGGGCCGCCCCCGAGGGCACGGUCACCUCGUACCGCGUGCUGUACUACAGCCCGGAGGAGGGCGAGCGCGAGCUGCUCCCCGCGCCCACCGGGAAGGCCGACUCGGCGCUCAUCCAGGGCCUGCGACCCGGGAGAGAAUACACGGUGAAGGUCAUCGCCCUGCAUGACGACGCGGCCAGCACGCCGCUGGUGGGAACGCAGUUCACCGCCGUGGAGGGCGUCCCGGCCCCCACCAACAUCCUGUUCUCCGGGGUCAGCUCCACCUCCUUCCGGAUGAGCUGGGCAGCGCCGCUGCAGACCAACCAGCUGACGGGGCGGCCCGGCCUGUCCGGCUACCGCGUCCUGGUCCAGCCCAAGGGGAAGAGUGGCCCCAACGUGGUGCUGAACCUGGCCCCCGACACCACCCAGGCCGUGGUCCCGGGACUCAUGCUUGCUACGACCUAUGUGGUGGAACUGUAUGCCCUGAAGGACACUGCCAAGAGCAGCCCCGCCCGGGCUGAGGUCACCACCAUGGACAACAUCACCCCCCCGCGCCGUGUACGCCUCUUAGACGUCCGGGACUCCAGCAUUAUGCUGAGCUGGCGUUCCAAGACGGACCCCAUCUCUGGCUUCAUGGUGGAGGCCACGCCCAUUACCUCUCCUGAACACACCACCAUCCGGAGGAACAUCGACUCCAAGCUGCGUUCUUACACCAUCACAGGCAUGCAGCCCGGCACAGAGUAUAAGAUCAACUUGUUCACUCUGAGUGGCAGCGGACGCAGCACCCCCUUCACUCUCACCGCCACUACAGCCAUGCCAGCGGUCAUCCCCCCAACCAACAUCCAGUUCACCUCCUUGACCCCCAGCAGCGUCUCCUUCACCUGGGAGCCCUCCCGGAGCCCCGCCAUCACCGGCUACUACGUCACCCACGAGGUGGCGGGCGGGGAGCCCCGGGAGCUCACCCCGCGGCCCCACCCCGGCCAGACCUACGCCUUCAUCAGCGGUCUGAAGCCAGCAACGGAGUACGUCAUCCGGAUCGUCGCCCUGCAGAACAAUCUGAGGAGUAUGCCGCUCGUAGGCAAGGCCAAAACCCAGCCCGGCCCGGACCUGCUUCUGAUCCCAGAGCUGCCUCAGCCCGGGUCCCACAGACCUAGACCGGACCUGCUGCUGACCCCAGAGCUGCACCAGCCCGGGUCCCAUGGACCUAGACCGGACCUGCUGCUGACCCCAGAGCUGCCCCAGCCUGGGUCCCACAGACCUAGACCGGACCUGCUGCUGACCCCAGAGCUGCCCCAGCCCGGGUCCCACAGACCUCGACCGGACCUGCUGCUGAUCCCAGAGCUGCCCCAGCCCGGGUCCCACAGACCAAGACCGGACCUGCUGCUGAACCCAGAGCUGCCCCAGCCCGGGUCCCACAGACCCAGACCGGACAUCCUGGACGUUCCAGAGACAGACAAGACGUUCAACACCAACCAUGUCCAUUUCUCGGGGCCGGACGGUGAGUUUGGGCCGGGCCAGCAGGGCCAGCACAUCUACACGGAGUACCAGAACCUGGGGCCCCACAACGGCUUCAACGCCCACAACACCCGGCCCCAGGGCGGCCAGCGCCCCACUGUCAGGGACCCCCUUAUCUACAUCCCCGUCCCGGGGCCUGACGGGAACCGCGUGCCCCUGGUCAAGGUGAGCGAUGGACUGUUGCCAGGCCUGGCCUUUGGAUUCCCUGACAACGAGACAGAGUUGCCCCAGGAAGCUCAGACCAUCACCACCAUCAACUGGCAGCCCAUUCCUCAGAGCUCAGAGUACCUGGUGUCCUGCAACCCCAUCACUAACCUCGAGGAGAAGACCUUCCAGAUGACUCUCCCUGGCACCUCCAGCAGUGCCACCUUGAUUGGAUUGACAUCUGGAGCCUCCUAUAAUGUCGUUGUCGAGGCAAUGAGGGGCGGGGCAAAAGAAAAGGUUCUGGAAGAAGUCGUAACCGUGGGCAACACUGUACCAGGUGACCUCCCAAUCAAUGUCAACCGAGACGUUUGCUACGACACACACACACACACCUACCACGAGGUGGGCUCCGAGUGGGAGCGUAUGUCUGAGACAGGCUUCAAGCUCUGGUGUCGCUGCCUGGGCCUGGGCAGCGGACACUUUAGGUGUGAUUCAUCCAAGUGGUGUCAUGACAAUGGAAACAACUACCACAUCGGGGAGAAGUGGGACCGCCACGCGGAGAACGGCCACAUGAUGAGCUGCACCUGCCUGGGUAACGGCAAGGGAGAGUUCAAAUGUGAACCGCAUGACUCUACGUGUUACGACAAUGGGAAGAUGUACAAGGUGGGGAACCAGUGGCAGAAGGAGUACGAGGGAGCCAUCUGCACCUGCACCUGCUACGGGGGACAGCAGGGCUGGCGCUGUGGUAACUGUAAGACCCCGGGGGUCCAGACGGACGUGGACGUCCUGCUGCCGGCCCCCAACGCCUUCGACCGCUACCGGGAGAACGCCCUCCGCAAACUGAACAUCCAGUGUCCCAUCGAGUGCUUGAGACCCGAGCUGCUGGCCGACGCCCACAAUCCGCUGGAGUAGAGGAGGAGCAGAGGAUGAGAACCGUGUUCUCCCCUGAGCAAGAGGGAGGGAGAAACGGAGGUAGAGAGAUAGAGAGAGAUAGAGAGAGAGACAGUUUCAACACUCAUGUGCCUUAAAACAGGCCUUGUAUCGUCCAUGACUCCGCCCUAGUGCUUUAUCAUUGUUCCAAACCACCGCUGUGCCUUCGUAGAGACCCACCCACUAGUGUAAUGUUAUGUCACGUUAAUGUCCAUGUAUGUUGUAGUAACACAAAUUGAUUCUGACCGUGGAAUAGAGUUGGGGCUCAGAUGGACACGGUUUGUGUUUGUAAACGGUUUUGAAACUACUUUGCAUAGGCCCUUUCUGUUUAUAUUGUUGCUGCUUUGUUAAGGAAAGAGAUUGUCUUCAGACCUACCUGCAGUAGAAGACACACCUAAAGACACUCUCGCUUUCAAGGACACUAGACCCCACUGUCACACACCAGGUGCUGAAACUAGUUGGAUGGUGUCCUUAUUUGUGCCAUGUAAAAGUCUUGCUUUAUUCCAGACAUUUCACCCAACUGUAUGGAACCAUUUGAACCGAUGUUCAAACUGGCCACAGCCUCUACAAUAUUCCUUCAAAGCUUUGAUAUUGAUAUUCUGUUUAUGUCCAUCCUUGAAUGCAUUUCAGUGACACGUCCACAAAUAUCAGAGAAAACCAGACUAGUAGAAAGUCCUUGUCAUAGAGUUUUGUGUUUUUUCCUAGUUCUAUAUUGCUACAAAGAUAAACACUGAAAUUGUAAGAAUCCAACUCAAGCCUCCCCCCAAAAAAACACUAUGAAGGCCAUAUAACGAAUUGAAAAUUGUUUGUGUGUAAAUAUAUCUAGAUAUUCUGAAAGGUGAAAGUGUUGGCUUAGACCAAGAAGUGAACCUUUGUAAUUGGUAACUAUCCAUCCAGAUAGUUUCAGGACUAUUGUAUAAGGCAAAUAGAUAAAAAAAAAAAUACCCUGUAAAAAGGGAGCUCUAGAAAACCAUUAGUAUUACACAUUAUGGGGAUUAGGAGUUCUAGUCGCAUUCUUUCAAGUCAAAUUAUUCAUAAAAGUGGCAGUUGGCUUUAGUGGGCCCUAGGCAGAUGACCAAACCGCCACUGGAACCUCUUUUUGAAAGACAAUGGAUUUCUGCAUCUGUGUAUUUGUAUUACUAAGACAUGGUCUUACUUUUUUGUGGUUUUAAGUGUAUUUUUCAGAUUUAUUUUAUUUAUCCCUUUUAUCCAAGCAUUUUGUUUGAAUGCUAUUUUUAGGGUGUACACUUUUAUUUACGUUUUUAUAUUGUUGGUGCCAAAGUCUGAACUACUGUGGACUGAUUUUUAAUAAACUGACAAAAAUCCAA